AUGGGCGGGUUCAGCGGCGCUACAGGUCUCGCGGUGUACCGCGAAGAAGAUGAUGAGGAGCUGUUCGAGACAUCGUCUUCCAUCUCCAGCGACUCCGACGACGAGGACCAGUUCUCAGAAGGAGAAGAGGGCGUCGGAGCUCUGGAGCACCAGUUCACGCAGCAGCCGGUGCGGAGAUUGAAUUCUGACAGCCUCUAUGAUCUGUCGUCUAUGAUGGCACAACUCCCUGCCAAGAAAGGGCUAUCGAAAUACUAUGACGGCAAGUCUCAAUCGUUCGCGUGUAUGUCUGAAGUGAGGUGCCUGGAAGAUCUGCGCAAGAAAGAGACACCCUACAAGAAGAUGAAGCCAUCCAGGAGUUAUGUAGCGUUAGACGAAGAGCAGGACUGUCAUAUGCCGGGUCCUAACAGCAGGGCACCCGGAAGUUCUUGCGCAAACCUGGUGGCUCGGAAGAACAGCAAAAACAUGCUCUACAGACCUCCCACAAUCCCUGUAAACAAAAGUGGAUACCAUCAGUAG